CUUUUACCUUCUUUUGUAGCUCACUAGUUCAUCGAAUCGUUAUGUUUUCAUGAAAGUUAGGAACUUUUCCUUGUCUGGGUUCAUGGGUGUUUCAGGGCUUAUCAAAGGGUUUAGCAGCAUCUACAGAAAUAAAUCCAGAACCAAACCAUACCCUUUUCCCUAUAGCAUUCAAUGCAGAGCCUUAUCGCACUUCCAAAAUUUUAAUACCGACGAUUCAAUACUUCCAGUUUUGAUUGUUGGCGCAGGACCCGUCGGUCUCGUUCUCUCUCUACUUCUCACUAAAUUAGGGGUCAAAUGUGCCAUUUUGGAGAAGAACAAGGCAUUUUCGAACCACCCACAAGCACACUUUAUCAACAACAGGUCUAUGGAGAUAUUUCGCAAGUUGGACGGCCUUGCAGAGGAGAUCCAAAGGUCUCAACCACCAGUAGAGUUAUGGAGGAAGUUCAUAUAUUGUACUACUUUAACUGGUCCAAUUUUGGGGUCAGUGGACCACAUGGAAACUCAAGAUUUUGAAAAGGUUGUGAGCCCAAUAUCAGUUGCACACUACUCUCAGUAUAAAUUAACUAGGUUAUUGCUUAAGAAGUUAGAAGAUCUGAACUUCAACGUUUAUAGACCAGGAAACCUGGAAAUCAUGGAUAAUGGCCUACUCAGGGGAGGAGAAUUGUUAAUGGGACAUAAGUGUAUUUCGCUCAGUGCCACUGAUCAAUCUGUUGCUGUAACUGCUUCUCAUAUUGUGGAAGGAAAGUAUAUGGAGAGGAACAUCCAUUGCAGUAUUCUUGUUGGUACAGAUGGUGCUGGAAGUACAGUACGGGAGCUUGCAGGGAUAGAACUAAAAGGGGAAAAAGACCUGCAAAAGCUUGUCAGCAUUCAUUUUUUUAGCACAGACCUUGGACAAUACUUGCUCAACCAGAGGCCUGGAAUGCUGUUCUUUAUUUUCAACACUGAAGCUAUUGGGGUUCUUGUUGCUCAUGAUCUUGAGCAAGGAGAAUUCAUAUUGCAGGUGCCCUUCUAUCCUCCUCAGCAGAAAGUUGGUGAUUUCAGCCCAAAGAUAUGCGAGAAAUUAAUUUUCAAAUUGGUUGGUAGAGAGCUGUCAGACAUUAAUGUCAUUGAAAUAAAGCCAUGGGUGAUGCAUGCCGAAGUUUCUGAGAAGUUUGUGAGCUGUGACAAUCGAAUAAUACUUGCUGGAGAUGCCGCACAUCGAUUCCCUCCAGCUGGUGGUUUUGGAAUGAAUACUGGCAUUCAGGAUGCUCAUAAUCUUGCCUGGAAGAUAGCUUCUGUCAUGUAUGGUAUUGCACCAUCAUCGUUAAUUCAUACUUAUGAAAUGGAACGUAGGCCGAUUGCAAUAUUUAAUACAGCACUUAGUGUCCAAAACUUCAAAGCAGCUAUGGCAGUUCCUGCUGCUCUUGGUCUUGAUCCAUCUAUUGCAAAUUCAGUGCAUCAAGUUAUUACUGAUGGUCUUGGUUCCAUUUUACCGUCUGCACUGCAGCGGGCAAUUUUGGAUGGAAUUUUCACCAUAGGUCGUGCACAGGUCUCAGAAUCUCUACUAAAUGAAAAAAAUCCACUAGGGUCCUCAAGGCUUGCUAAAGUUAGGCAGAUAUUUGAAGAUGGAAAAAGCCUUCAGCUCCAGUUUCCUGCUGAGGAUCUUGGUUUCAGGUACCUUGAAGGAGCACUUAUUCCCGAUAAUGGUAACACAGAGGGUGUUAUGGAACAACCCACUGGCCGUCGAAGGGAAUAUAUACCUUCAGUAAAUCCAGGAUCAAGGCUGCCCCAUAUGGAUGUCCGGAUAUUAUCAAACCUAUCAAGUGAGGUGACUAUUUCUACACUCGAUCUUUUGUCUGGGGAUAAAGUUGAGUUCCUUCUCAUUGUAGCACCACUUGAGGAGUCCUACCAACUUGCUCAUGCCGUGUUUAAGUCGGCUGAGGAAUUCAAAGUUUCUGCUAAGGUUUGUGUAUUAUGGCCUGCUGACUCUGUUGAUGAAUCCCAAACAAGGAGCAAGAAUGCAUUGGCACCUUGGAAGAAUUAUGUAGAUGUUGUGGUAGUUAAGAAAUCUUCAAAUCAAUUAUCAUGGUGGAGCAUGUGCCAAAUGACCGACAAAGGAGCAAUUUUAGUUAGGCCUGACGAGCAUGUUGCUUGGCGCGUGAAGUCAGUUUUUGACAAGGAUCAUGUUGCAGAGAUGAGAAGGGUUUUUUCUGCUGUAAUGGGGAUGAAAUAAUCAAUAUAAGAAAACCUCACUUAUAAGACUUAGCUCGUGCAUUUGAAGGAUCAAUCUUCUCUGAGGGCAGUAAUUUCAUGGAUGCUACAUAUAAUUGAUUAAUUAAUUCUUUUGUUGUCUUUAUUUGUUUUUCAGAUUUGACAAUUAGAUCUCCUCUCUCGUGAAAUAAGAUAAUUUUGGAAGAAUUGUGACAAAACUGUUACUCACAGGAAACAGUCACUGAUGUAUUAUCAAAUUGUGAUUGCCAAUAUAAUGUUCAACAGUGCUACCAUAUUUACACA